AUGAAAUUAAAUAUACUGGGCAACUGGUCGGAGAGCGAUGGGUGGCGUUUCGAUCCACGAUACGCGAAUCGCUGGGAUUUCGACAUCGACCCAGACGCAGAGGACCUGGCCGGCUUGCAUCUUCGAGUCGUCGUUUAUCUGGAGGAGCCAUUUGUGAUGAAGACGGCCUCGGGUGGAUAUGAGGGUUUCUGUAUCGAUUUGCUCAAUGAAAUGGCUAGGUUUUUAAAGUUCAACUACACGAUCAUCGAGGUUGUUGAUGGGAGCUAUGGGAUUGAGGAUGACUCGGGUCGAUGGAACGGUAUCAUCGGAGUUCUACAGAGACACGAAGCCGAUCUCUCCGUCUCAGCUGUCACCAUCACGUAUAGCCGAGUAGAAGUGAUUGAUUUCACCCUUCCCUUCAUGCAUUUGGGCAUCUCGAUUCUGUUGGCAAGAUCACAAGAGGAUUCUUCUCGUGGUUCCCUUUUCACUUUCCUCGAGCCACUCUCGUUGUCAGUUUGGGUGGCACUCAUCGGUGCCUAUCUUUCCGUUUCGUUCACGAUGUUCCUCUUGGCGAGAUUUAGUCCUUAUGAAUGGUAUGACAUUGAGAAGAUCGACGAGAGAGAUCCAUCGAUCGAGAAUCAGAAAAAUCAGUUCACCAUUCUGAACUCUCUGUGGUUUGCCGUUGGAUCGCUGAUGCAACAGGGAUCCGACGUGAUUCCGAGAGCCGCCGCUACGAGAGUUGUUGCGGUGAUUUGGUGGAUGUUUACUCAAAUCCUCAUCUCUUCAUACACGGCUCAACUGGCCGCUUUUCUCACCGUCGAGCGAAUGACGACACCAAUUGAGAGUACAGCUGAUCUGGCUAGUCAAACGAAAAUCAGAUAUGGAACUUUGAAAAGCGGUAGCACGAUGGACUUCUUUCGAGAGAGCAAGAUUCCGAUCUAUGAGAGAAUGUGGUCAAUCAUGGAAUCCUCGUCACCAACCGUUUUCGUGAACAGCAGCCGGGAAGGGAUUGCAAGGGUUAAAGCUGGUAACUAUGCCUACAUGAUGGAAUCCUCAAUGCUGGAGUACUACAUGGAAAGAGACUGUGAAUUGCAACGGAUCGGCGGACUUCUCGAUUCAAAAGGUUACGGUAUCGCGUUGCCGAAGGGAUCCCCGUUGAGGGAUAUCAUGUCGGGGACAAUCCUUCAACUACAAGAGAAAACUAUUCUUGAGGGACUCAAAAAUAAAUGGUGGAGAGAUCGGAGAGAUGGUCCCUCCUGCACAUCACCGGGUGAAACGCCACAAGCGCACUCGCUGCAAAGUGUUUUUGGCAUUUUCUAUGUACUGAUCACGGGUCUUCUAGUAGCUUUGUUGAUGUCAAUUGGAGAAUAUUGUAUCGAGGCGCGUCAGGAUUCGUAUCGUCUCAAGUUGACGAUACUGGGAAAGUUCGUCGAAUGGUAUAAAAGGUGCACAAGAGCUGGCAGAAUGGCAAGGAAUCGGCAAAAAUUGCUUAACAUCAACCUGGACACUGCCGGAGUUGAGCAACCGCUACGUGGCACUCCGACAGCGCCAGUCAAUGAGGUGAACAUGUGUGUGAUUAGAGAGCCAUCAAUGUCGAGGGAGUCCCUCAGAAGAUUGAGUCGAAUGAUGCCCGCUGGUGAGGAGAGUUUACUUCAACGGAAGAAAAGAAAUAGCUCUGUUGGCUCACUCACA